CACCCAGCCUCGGUGGAGCCGCCGCCCCGCCGCUGCCCGCUCCGCUCGCGGCAGCUUCCCGGGACGUGGGGCCUCCGAGAGGUUGGCGUGCUAAGACAGCCACCGUGCCUGACCCACGGCCAUCUGUCAGUCCAUCUGUCCACCUGGACCCCAGGCGACCCAGAGAGCGAGGAAAGCAGUGGGGCAUGGUGUAGCGGCCUCCAGCAAGCGGAGGAAGCCCUGUCCCUGCACAUCUGAAGCAUCGUGCCCACCAUGGCCUCAGCUGACAAGAAUGCCAGCAGCCUCCCAUCUGCGUCUGGUAGCCGCCUACAGAGCCGGAAGCCACCCAACCUGUCCAUCACCAUCCCACCACCAGACGCCCAGCAGCCCCCCUGUGAGCAGGACAGGAUGCUUCCUGAGAGGCCCAAGAACCCAGCCUACCUGAAGAGCGUCAGCCUCCAGGAACCCCGGGGACGAUGGCAGGACGGUGCGGAGAAGCGCCCCGGCUUCCGCCGUCAGGCCUCUCUGUCGCAGAGCAUCCGCAAGGGCGCGGCGCAGUGGUUCGGGGUCAGCGGCGACUGGGAGGGCAGGCGGCAGAACUGGCAGCGCCGCAGUCUGCACCACUGCAGUGUGCACUAUGGCCGGCUCAAGCCCUCGUGCCAGAGAGAACUGGAGCUGCCCAGCCAGGAGGUGCCAUCCUUCCAGGGCACCGAGUCUCCCAAGCCCUGCAAGAUGCCCAAGAUUGUGGAUCCGCUGGCCCGAGGUCGGGCCUUCCGCCACCCAGACGAGGUGGACCGGCCUCACGCCCCCCACCCACCUCUGACUCCAGGGGUCCUAUCCCUCACGUCCUUCACCAGCGUCCGCUCUGGCCACUCCCAUCUGCCCCGGCGCAAAAGGAUAUCUGUUGCCCAUAUGAGCUUUCAGGCCGCCGCCGCCCUCCUCAAGGGGCGCUCAGUGCUGGACGCCACGGGACAGCGGUGCCGGAAUGUCAAGCGCAGCUUCGCGUACCCCAGCUUCCUAGAGGAGGACGCCGUGGACGGAGCAGACACCUUUGACUCCUCCUUUUUUAGUAAGGAAGAAAUGGGCUCCAUGCCCGAUGACGUGUUCGAGUCUCCUCCGCUCUCUGCUAGCUACUUCCGAGGUGUCCCGCGCUCUGCCUCCCCGGUCUCCCCUGAUGGAGUGCAGAUCCCCCUAAAAGAGUACAGCAGCCGAGCCCCAGUUCCCGGGACCCAGCGCGGCAAGCGCAUCGCCUCCAAAGUAAAGCACUUCGCGUUUGACCGGAAGAAGCGGCACUACGGCCUGGGCGUGGUGGGCAACUGGCUGAACCGCAGCUACCGCCGCAGCAUCAGCAGCACCGUGCAGCGGCAGCUGGAGAGCUUUGACAGCCACCGGCCCUACUUUACCUACUGGCUGACCUUUGUCCACAUCAUCAUCACCUUGCUGGUGAUCUGCACCUACGGCAUUGCACCUGUGGGCUUUGCCCAGCAUGUCACCACCCAGCUGGUGCUGAAGAACAGAGGUGUGUAUGAGAGCGUGAAAUACAUCCAGCAGGAAAACUUCUGGAUCGGCCCCAGCUCAAUUGACCUGAUCCACCUGGGAGCAAAGUUCUCACCCUGCAUCCGGAAAGACCAGCAAAUCGAGCAGCUGGCGCGGAGGGAGCGGGACAUUGAGCGGAGCUCUGGCUGCUGUGUGCAGAAUGACCGUUCGGGCUGCAUCCAGACCCAGAAGAAGGACUGCUCGGAGACCUUGGCCACCUUCGUGAAGUGGCAGAAUGAUACUGGGACCUCCUAUAAGUCUGACCUGAGCCAGAAGCAGCCAUUGGCGGUUGUGUGCCACCAAGACCCCAGGACCUGUGAAGAGCCAGCCUCUAGUGGGGCCCACAUCUGGCCUGAUGACAUCACCAAGUGGCCGAUCUGCACAGAGCAGGCCCAGAGCAAUCACACGGGCUUGUUACACAUGGACUGUAAGAUCAAAGGCCGGCCCUGCUGCAUCGGGACCAAGGGCAGCUGCGAGAUCACCACUCGGGAGUAUUGUGAGUUCAUGCAUGGCUAUUUCCACGAGGAGGCAACGCUCUGUUCCCAGGUGCACUGCUUAGACAAGGUGUGCGGGCUCCUGCCUUUCCUCAACCCUGAGAUCCCCGACCAGUUCUACCGGAUCUGGCUAUCUCUGUUUCUGCAUGCUGGCAUAGUGCACUGCCUUGUAUCUGUGGUCUUCCAAAUGACCAUCCUGAGGGACCUAGAGAAGCUGGCCGGCUGGCACCGCAUCUCCAUCAUCUUCAUCCUUAGCGGCAUCACAGGCAACCUGGCCAGCGCCAUCUUCCUCCCCUAUCGGGCAGAGGUGGGCCCAGCCGGGUCCCAGUUCGGCCUUCUUGCCUGCCUCUUCGUGGAGCUUUUCCAGAGCUGGCAGCUGCUGGAGCGCCCGUGGAAGGCUUUCUUCAACCUGUCGGCCAUUGUGCUUUUCCUCUUCAUCUGUGGCCUCCUACCCUGGAUAGACAACAUUGCCCACAUCUUCGGUUUCCUCAGUGGUAUGCUGCUGGCCUUCGCCUUCCUGCCCUACAUCACCUUCGGCACCAGUGACAAGUACCGCAAGCGAGCUCUCAUCCUGGUGUCGCUUCUAGUCUUUGCUGGGCUCUUUGCCUCCCUGGUGCUCUGGCUGUAUAUCUACCCCAUCAACUGGCCCUGGAUUGAGUACCUCACCUGCUUCCCCUUCACCAGUCGAUUCUGUGAGAAGUAUGAGCUGGACCAGGUGCUACACUAACUAGGCAGAGAUUCUGUCUGCCCCGGGCCGUGUGUCUAUAGAGACUGGACAGAUGGGCCCUGAGCCCAGCAGCUCACUCCACAGACAAGGCUGACUCCAUAUGAGACAGGUAAAAAGGCAGGUUCCUUGGGAGGUGAGACCUCCCCUUCUCAGGCCUGAAUGUUCCUGACCCAAGUUUAGGGGACAUGCAGGACACCUGCUUCUCCGAGGCUCGGGUCCCCUGCUCUGCCUGCCUCUCUUGCACUAUUGGGACGAUAACUUUUCUUCUCAGGGCUCAGGCCUGUGCAGGUGCCGUCUUCCUGUUGUCACUGUGACUGUGACCUCACCAGACACACAGCUGCUCCCUCAGUUGUCCCCAGGGUUGAGGUCCCACCAUGCUGCUAUGACCCUUUUUCAAAAACUGUUUUUCCUCUUCUCCCUGUCCUACAAGUCCUUCCUACAUUUGUUCAUGGAUUCAUGAGCCCGCUCCCAAGGCUCCUGGACAUAGCAUUGUGGGAAACAUUGGCCGCUGUCUAGGGGCAAUGACAAGCAAGGAGAGAUGGUUAAGCAGGGAUGUUAAGGGCUUUUGUUAAGCGAAGAAGCCAGAUCUCCUUCACCACCAGCUCAGCCCUAGCUCCAGCCCGUGUGUCUGGUCCCACAGGUUGCUCUGGUGCCGGAUGUCCCUACCAUCUCUGCCUGGCUCCUGUGUGGCCCUGGGCGGAGCCUCCUUGAGGACUAGAUCCCAGGGGGUGUUUGGGAUUCAGCCAGGCCUGGUGUUUUGUUUCUUUUCCAACUUAUAUUAUGGUCCUAAUUUUUUUUAAAGUAACGCUAACUUUGUAUGGAUGAUGUCUCAAGUUUAUUAAAUGGCAUUCUCUUUCAAAA